AUGGAUUCCGAAGAAACGGCGUCGGUGACGAAGAAGCCAAAGAGGGGUUUCUCUUCGUUAGCUUUGCGAUUCUGUACAGUGAUAGUUUUCUCAGUCGUCGGCUUCUUCUUCUUGUCGCUUCUAUUAGGGAUCUUAGCCAUUUUGCUUGGUGAAUUGUGGGUUUCUUCUUCUUCUUCUGCCUCUCUUGCUUCGCGCUGCAAAAUUGUUUCCAGCUCUGUUGAUCUUAGGUCUUCUAAAGUGUGUGGCAUUGGACUUUUGAACAUCAAAGCACAACAUGUGUUUUACCCUUUUGAGAGAGAUAAAUUCAGAUGUCGCUAUGAUUACUAUUGGGCUUCUGUCUUCAAGGUAGAAUAUAAAGAUCACUUAAUGGGUCAAACACGGUUAGCGUUUUCAGAAGCACCAAAUGAAGCCCUUCCUCCUGAGUGCAGACCUAACUUUGGUGCUGCAUUGCUUACCAAAGAUAACUUCAAGGCAGGGAUUCCAAAGAUAAAGCUUUAUCGAGAUGGCUUUUUCGGUUGCCAAGCAAAUGAUGUUUCUUUCACCGACAUUUUCAAACAAUACGCUGUCUUAUUCUCUAAACUCUUAGUGUCAUGGUUCAAUGGAAAAGGAAGACCAAAGUACUGGAGAUAUGAUGUGAUCGCUGGCAUUGUCUCUGGCUUCUCAACAUCCCUAAUCACAGUCUUCAUGGUACGGAUCUUAAGACAUGCAAAGUCUUGGUUCCCUCGAGCUUGCUGUUCAGUUAAGAGGCAGUUUUCUAAGGUGAAUCUCUUGGUACAAGUGAAGCGUGCUUGUUUGCUUCUUGUUUACUUCUCCAUUCUUGGGUGGAUGGCUACACAAUACUUGAAAAUUCUUUUUCCAAAGGCUUAG